AUGGACCCAGAAAGCCAAACGCUUGCGCCACUUCCCGACGCCCUCCACCGGGGUCUGACGGCCGUCUCCUUUUUCGGCUUCCUAUCCUUCGUAUCAACAACGGUUUUACUCUUUGUUCUGACGUACAGGCUGUUUGCGUGGUAUUUGACGCCGGAUCCCCGGUGGCCACAGCGUAUGGCGGGCGAGCCGAAUGCCGACGCCGUUCUGGCCCAAGAAAUGGGUCUUCCGGACACAAUGUACCCCGAUGGCAGCAAAAAGAAUAAGACAAAGAUGGACGCACCAAACCAGUUUUUCAUGCUUAUCUACAAUCUUCUUCUGGCCGAUAUCCAGCAGUCUAUCGCUUUCCUGCUCAAUGUGUCGUGGUUGGGCAGGAAUGCCAUUGUCGUUGAGAGUACAACGUGCUGGGCGCAAGGCUGGUUUGUCUCAACGGGCGACCUGGCCUCCAGCGCCUUCAUCUCCACCAUUGCGGUGCACACCUAUCUGUCUGUCGUCCGAGACUACAAGCUUCCUACAUGGGCCUUUUGGACCAUGAUCGGCUCUGUGUGGUUUUUCAUCUACGCCUUUGCGGCGGCUGGUGUCAUCGUUACAAACAAUGGGGCUGCUGAGGGCGGUUUAUAUGUUCGCGCCUCUGCCUGGUGCUGGAUCAAUGCCCGCUAUGAAGCAAUGCGUCUCUACCUCCACUACCUGUGGAUGUUUAUAUCCUUCUUCGUCACCGCGGUGUUCUACAUCCUCGUCUUUAGCCAUAUUCGCCGUACUGACCCUUCUCUCCGACUCCCAUCCUCUUCUAACAAUACUACUUCCUCUGACUCCAAGAGUGGUCAUGGCCGUAGAUCCAGCCAAACACACGCGCACUCUGAAUCAGAGCCCUCAGAGAGCCCCCAUAAAGACGCACCAAAAACUACCCCGAGCAACGCUGGACAUCACCCGGCCUUCCUCAUCUACCCCAUCAUCUACAUCCUCUGCACAGCACCCUUGGCAUUGGGUCGUGUCAUCACUAUGGCCGGAAAAGAGGUUUCGUUGGACUACUUCUGCCUCGCCGGUGCCAUGAUCGCAUCCAACGGCUGGCUUGACGUUCUUCUCUUCUCCACCACCCGUCACGUUAUCAUCUUUAAUGCGUCACCAGGCUACGAGGAAACCGGCCUCGACACUUUUGCUUUUAUGCGCACACCCGCGAACCGCCGGUUUGGGAACAUGGUCUGGGUCCAGGGCGCCGGAAGUACCAGGCCCAACCUUCCGUCUGAAGAGGGCACCGGCGGUUGGCUUCAAAAGUUGUUCGGGAAGAAUCGUUGGGGACACGGCAUCAAACGUGAGCGUCAGAGCACACUUUCACAUCGGAGUAUCAGCCAACAAUCAUUAAGGGGAUGCGGUGGCAAUAUGGAGGGCAUUCAAAUGGAAACGGUGACUACGGUCGUCGUUGAGGUUGAGAAUCAGCCUGGCGGACAGAAGAACAACGGCAGGUCUCAUUCGAUCGAUACGAUUGAUAAAGAACGGGCCCAGAGCUUUGGAAGUAUUUAA